AUUAUUAACAAGAAAAAAAAAUAAACCUCUCUCUCUCUCCCUCUCUCGUUAUACUGGAUUUGCUGAAAAUUUAUUGAUCACAAUUCGAUAAUCAAAAUUAGACAUAAUCAACAUUAAUCAAUAAUAAUGGGUUUAUUACCAUUAGAAUUUACUGAUGGCCUAACUGAUUCGCCAUUUUUUCGUGAAACAUUACAAGCACAUGAACGUGAAUUAGAUUUAACUAAUACGGCUAUAAAACAUUUAAUAAAAGAUAUUAAAGAUUUAAUAGCUGCUGCUCGAAAUUUAAGCCGUGCCCAACGUACAUUAUCCGAUACAUUAAAUAAUUUCAAUUUUGAAUGUAUCGGUAAUUCACAAACCGAUGAUGAAAUGAUUAUUGCAAAUUCAUUUAAAGAUUUUGCACGUCUCCUGUCAACAAUCGAAGAUGAACGUGAUCGUUUAUUGGAAAAAGCUGAUGAAGCAUUUCUUGAACCAAUUGAAAGAUUUCGUCGUGAUCAAAUUGGUAGUGCAAAAGAAGCGAAAAAAAAAUUUGAAAAAGAAACAGCAAAAUAUUGUCAAAAUUUAGAACGUUAUUUAAAUUUAUCAGUUAAGAAAAGUGAAACACAAUUAUGGGAAGCUGAUGCUAAUAAUUCAAUGGAACAACAACAUUUUUUUAAAGCAAUGUCUGAAUAUGUUUUAAAAUUACAAGAAGUAAAUGAAAGAAAAAAAUUUGAAUUUGUUGAAACAGUACUUAGUUUUAUGCUUGGUUGGUUAACAUUUUAUCAUCAAGGACAUGAAAUUGCAACGGAUUUUUAUUCAGUUAAAAUGGAAUUACAAAUGCGUUUACAACGUACAAGAAAUAAUUUUAAUAUGACACAAGAAGAAACAAAAUCAUUACGUAAAAAAAUGCUUGAUAAUCAGGAAAAAUUUCGACAAAAAUUUCAAGAUUCAUGUUCAUUACAGAAAACAUUUACCCGUCAAGGUUAUCUAUUUUUAAUGGAAAAAAAAGCAUUCACUACCUCAUGGACAAAACAUUUUUGUAAAUAUAAUAAACAAAAUAAACAUUUAAAAUUAAUACAAUAUACACAGACAACUGGUAAAAUUAUAUCAACAGAUGAAAUUAUUGUUAAAGAAUGUAUAAAAAGAAAUCAAGAUACAAUUGAUAGACGUUUUUGUUUUGAUAUUGUUGCACAAACUGAUUUAUCAUCAAAUUCUAAUCAUCAUUCUGGUCAUUCUAUAACAACAAAUGGUAGUGGUAAUAAUAAUGGAAUCAGUAAUAAUAAUGCGGUUGGCCAAAAACAUUCUAUAAAUUUAAUAAAUUCAUCAUCAUCAACAACAACAACAACAAAUGAUUUAUCAUCACAACAAUUUGUUAUUUAUACAUUUCAAUCAAUAUCGGAAGAAGAUUAUAAAUAUUGGCUUGAAACAUUAAAUGCACGUGAUCCAUAUCCAGUAAAUAUAAAUAUUACAAAAUCAAAUAAACAAAAUACAAAUAAAUCAAAUAAUAAUAAUAAUAAUAUUGAUAAUAUGAAAAAUAAUAUUGAUAAUCAUACAAAUGAAACAUAUCAAUUAGAUAUUAAUGGUUAUUGGUUUAUAAAAAAAUGUAUAAAAACAAUUGAAUUACAUGGUUUAGAUCAAAAAGGUAUUUAUCGUAUGGUUGGUGUUGCAAGUCGUGUACGUACAUUAAUGGAUAUGUUUAUAAAAUCAAAACAAUCGAAUGAAAAUAUUACAGAUCAAAAUAAUGAUGAUGAUGAUGAUAAUAUUGAUUUAUUACCAAAUUUUAAUAUUGAUACGGAUGAAUUUGAAACAAAAACAUUAACAAGUGCUUUAAAAAAUUAUUUACGUAAUAUAAAUGAACCAAUUAUGACAUUUAAAUUACAUAAUUCAUUUAUAACAGCUGCAAAAUUAGAAAAUCGAGCUUUACGUAUUGAAAAAAUACAUCAACUUGUUCAUCGUUUACCACCGAUUAAUUUUAAGGUGCUUAAAAUUCUUAUUGAACAUCUUCAAAAAGUUGCCAAAUUACAUGAUAAAAAUCUAAUGACAUCAUCAAAUCUUGGUGUUUGUUUUGGUCCAACAUUAUUACGUACAGCUGAAGAAUCUGUUGCUGCAAUAAUGGAUAUAAAAUUUGUAAAUGUUAUUGCCGAAUUAUUGAUUGAAAAUUAUGAAAAACUUUUUCUAACCAAACCAAUACAAGAACAAGAACAAAUUCCAACAAUCAAUUAUUUUCCUUCAACAAUGAAUACAAAUUGUUAUUUGUCAAAUAGUCAAAUACAACAACGUCCAUUGCCAAAUGUACCAAUUAGCCAACAACAACAACAAUAUCAACAUUAUGCCAAAACAAUUUAUGAAACUCCAUUAUUAAAUAAUAAUAAUAAUAAUAAUAAUCGUUUAUUACCACCAUCAUUAAAUCAACAAUCAACAGAUAUUUGUCGAAGUAAUAGUCAAGAUCAAUUACAUAUGGCAAAUAUACAAUCCAAAUCAAGAUUAAUGUAUACAAAUAAUAAUUUGUUUGGCCAAAAUAUGAAUGGUUUAAAUAUACAACAACAUUUAAAACAAUUUUCCGGAAUUAAUUAUUCUACUUAUCCAAAUUUUCAAUUUCAACAACAACAACAACAGCAAACAAAUUGUAUUAAUAAUAACACGUCGGUAUCACGUCGUGCAUUACAUCUUUCAUUAUCAUCAUCAUCAUCACCAUCACCAUCAUUAGGAUCGACAACAACAUUUUCAACAAUAGCCAAUAAUAAUAAUAAUAAUAAUACAUUACAACAACAACAAUAUUAUUAUUCACAAUCACAUCAACAACAACAACAACAACAACAAAUGUUUUUUAAACAAAUUCCAUCCAAUUCGAUUUAUGGACAAAUUCGUACCAAUUCCAAUCAAUUAUUACAGCCAUCAAUUUCUUAUCAAAAUUUACAUUAUAAUAAUGAAUUAACUACAGCAUUAUUAACUGGUGGUGGUGGUGGUGGUGGUGAGAAAAAAAAUCCAACCGGACUAAAUUCAAAUCUAAUUUAUAAUCGACCAAUGACUAGUAUUGGUAUAAUGGCACCAAAUUCAAAUUAUACAAAUCUUUUACGUUCAGAUAAUAAUAAUGAAACAAAAUUAGAAUCAUCAUCAACAACGAAAAAUAAUUUUAGUCCAAUAAUAAAUGAAUCUUUGUCUAUGCAAAGUGGUUUAAUAUCAUUACAGAAUGUACAAUCAUUACAACAACAACAUCCAUCAUCAAGACCGGUAAAUUUUUCAUCAUCUUCAUCAACAUCAUUACCAUCAACACCCGAACAUUCACAAUUUUCAUUUAAAUUGCCACCGGCAACAACAACAACAACAACAACAAUAAUCAAAUCGACAACAACAACAACAUCAUCAGCUAUGGCAAUGAAUAGAAAUCCAAUCAUUGUUGAUCAAACUGGUUCAACAUUAACCGAUCCAAUCAAUGAAUUAUAUGGUACUAAUAGUAGUGGUGGUAUAAAUCAUUCCCAUCAUCAUCAACAACAGCCAAACAAAUCAAUAUAUGCAAGUAUUUCAAAUCAACAACCAACAUCAUCAUCAUUAUCAUCAUCACAACAACAACAACAACAACAACAACAAUCAUCGAUUAUUGGUAGAACAGUACGAACCCGUUAUGUUUGUAUUGGUGGUACUGAUUGUGAACUAUCAUUUCAACCAAAUAUGAUCAUUACUAAUGUUCGCCCAUCAAGAGAACCAGGAUGGCUUGAAGGCACAUUGAAUGGAAAAACCGGUCUUAUACCAUUGAAUUAUGUGGAAUAUAUUGAUUGAUUGAUUGAAUUUUUUCUCUGUCUCUCUCUGUUCGUUGAAAGAAAACAAAACAAUAGAUUUUCAUUGAAAACAAAAAAAUCAAUUAUAUUCAGCCAAAAUAGAAAAUCAAACAUUGUGGACAGACACAGAGAAUCAAACAAAAUCAUUAAAUCAACAAACAUCAAUUUCGAUUUUUUCGAUUUUGGAUUCUGCAAACCCUAUAUUCAGCCAUCCAAAAUAUAAAUAUUUUAUUAUUAUUAUUAUUUUUCAAACUUUACUUUACUUUAUAAAUUUACUUUGGCCAUUCGAUUAAUAAUAAUAAUGAAAAUCUACUUGAGAUUUUGUCUAUUCCAUUCUAUUUUUUUCCGUUAUUUUUAUCCAGAAUUUUUCAUUUCUUGUCAUUUUCUUCUUCUUUUAAUCUUAUUCAAUUCCAUUUUAUUGCCAUAAUUUUUUUUAAUUAAAAAAAAACUUGAUGUAACCAUCGGAUAAACGUCGAAUCUUAGUGUUUGUGUGUGUGUAUUUUGUUUGAUCUCAAACAUUUGAUUAACAAUUUUUUUUUAAAGUUUCCAAAUAUUUUACGGUUCACAUCGAUGAUUCUUUGUCCAUUUUUUCACUUACUUUCCAUUUUUUUUGCCAAAAUAACAAUCUUAUAAACAAACACUUUGAUUAUUACUUACUUUGUUAAAAUUCAUUCAUUCAUUCGUUUAAUUAUAAUAUUUUUAUUAUAAGUUAUACGCUAAGUCAAACACCAAACACACAGAGAAAUUAUUGUAAAAUUUCUUGGCCAUAUA